AUGUCUCAUCUUGACGCUGCUCCGCCCAACACCCAUGCCGGCGGCAACGACGAUGCCCUUCGUACCAAGGGUAACGAUCCGCUGAAUGCUCCCGUCGACUACACAGAUGAGACAAUCAAUAUGGAGGAGUAUGCGAGAACGGUGCCCUUGUGGAAGCGCAUGUGGCAGCACAGCUUAACACAGAUGCUUUUGCUUAGUGUCCAGGCGUUUUGCGGUCCUGCGAUGGCUGACGCUAUCGCUGGUCUUGGUGGAGGCGGCCUCGCGACGCCCCAAACAUCGAACAUUGCGACCGCCAUCAACUACACUAUGUUAGCACUGUGUUGUGCGCUAGGCGGACCCAUCGUGAACAAGCUCGGAACAAAGUGGUCGUUGGUCAUCGGCGCCUGCUCGUUUCCUAUCCGAGGAUCUUCAUACUACUGUAACAGCAAGUUUGGCAACCAGUGGUAUCUGAUCCUUGGUGGCUUCCUUACCGGCAUAGGUACAGGAACCUGGUACGUGGCCGAGAGCGGAACGAUCAUGUCGCUUGCGCCGGCCAACUCUCGAGGCAAAUAUCUUGCCCUGUGGAUCGUUGCUCGCAAUUUGGGACAGCUUGUGGGGGGUGCCAUCAAUCUGUCCAAGAAUCAUGUCAAGGGGGUAAGCGGCGGUGUUACCCCAGAUACCUAUGUCGCUUUCUUGAUUAUCGAAUGCAUGGCCCUGCCGUUCGCGUUCCUCAUCUCACCUCUCGAGCGGGUGGUAAGGUCCGAUGGCACACGUAUCCUUGUAUCCGAGAAGCUUUCUACCAAGACAGAGUUCAAGAUGAUCAAGGUUACCAUGACUUCGAAACUGAUCUUACUCUCCGCUCUCUGGGCGAUUUGGUCCUUCUUCUACAGUGGCACUUGGUCAACCUACCUUGGCACCUACUUCAGCGUUCGAGCUCGCGCGUUGUCGUCGCUUGUGUCGCCAUUCUUCUGUAUCGUUGGCUGCUUCGCUCUUGGAUUCGUCCUGGACAUGAAAAGCCUGAGCCAGCGACGAAGAGCACAAGUUGGUCUGUUCAUGGUUGUCAUCUUGAACCUGGGCGUGUACAUCUGGUCCAUCGUCAUGCAAACCAGAUUCAAUAGCAACAGCCCAGGCAAGAUUGACUGGGACGAUGGACUGUAUGCACGUUCUUUCCUGCCAUAUUUUUUCGUGCAAACUACAGGCCCACUGUCACAGUCCUACAUGUACUGGCUUCUGUCUUCCUUCGCGACCGAUGCGCAGUCAAACGUUCGCAAUGGAGCCGCGUUCCGCUGUCUUGAAGCUGUAGGUCAGGCCAUCUCGUAUGGCAUGAACACCCAGAUCAAGACGAGCCCUCUGAUCGGCUUCUGCGUUACCUUUGCUCUGAUGGCUGUCGCGUUUGGUCCAAUGCUUAUGUUGGUGAAUCAGACACCUGAUCGCAUCCCUGCCGAUGUGAUUGUUGAAGAGCAACAGCGCGCAGAAAGUAAAGUCGGUGCGGUCAACGUCGAUACUAAAACAUGA